AUGUCUGCAAACCGACUCAACUUGAUUCUCAACCACCUUCUCAACCAAAUAAACGAAUUUGUUAACGCGGAAAAUUUUGUAGCAACGACAGAAUCACUAUUUCAGAAUAUUCCGCUCGCGGAACCUGACAAGAUUUUCCAUUUAACUGCUACUUACGUGCAGGAUAAGUUUCCUCAGAAAGUUAAUUUGGGUGUUGGCGCAUAUAGAGAUAAUGACGGGAACCCUUGGAUUUUGCCUGUUGUCAGAAAGGCCGAGCAAAUUAUAAUAAAUGAUCCAAAUACGAAUCACGAAUAUCUUCAAAUUACUGGUCUCCCGACCUUCAGAACCGCAUCAGCAAAAUUGAUCCUCGGUGUCGACAGUCCAGCAAUUAAAGAGAAUCGCGUAUCAACCUGUCAAUCUAUUUCCGGUACAGGUGCAAACCACCUUGGUUUUCUCUUCUUGUCACGCUUUUAUCGAAAAGAUGUUCCAGUUUUGAUAUCGAACCCUACUUGGGUCAAUCAUAAAGAUAUCGUGCGUUCUGUUGGUCUAGAAUUUCGGGAAUACGCUUAUUAUAACCCUAAGACGAACGGACUAGAUAUAGAUGGUUUCUUAGAAGCGUUAAACGAUGCACCCAAUGGUUCUAUUGUCUUAUUACACGCCUGCGCACAUAAUCCGACUGGUGUUGAUCCAUCUCAAGAACAAUGGUGCAAGAUCGCUGAUGUUAUUGGGGCUAAAAAUCACUUCCCAUUCUUUGAUUGUGCAUACCAAGGAUUUGCUAGUGGCGACUUAGACAAAGACGCGUGGGCUGUUCGUCACUUUGUUCAGCGUGGAUUCGAGCUACUUAUUUGUCAAUCUUACUCGAAAAAUUUUGGACUAUACGGUCAACGUGCUGGCUGCUUGACGGUCGUAUCAAAGAAUGCCGACGCUGCCAUCAAAAUUGAGAGUCAACUAGCAAGGCUUCAACGUGCCGAAAUAUCUAAUCCUCCGGCAUAUGGUGCUCGCAUUGUAAGCUUGGUUCUCAAUGAUCCUCAGUUACAUGCAGAAUGGGUUGAAGAUCUCCGGACAAUGAGUUAUCGUAUUAUAGAGAUGCGAAAACAAUUGUACGAUAAACUAAUCGAGUUAAGGACUCCAGGAACAUGGAAUCAUAUUCUCGAACAGAUUGGAAUGUUUUCGUAUACUGGAUUAAGGACAUCGCAAGUAAAGGUAUUAAUACAGAAGUAUCAUAUUUAUUUGACAGAUAACGGUAGAAUUUCAAUGGCUGGAUUGUCAACGAAAAACAUAGACUAUUUCGCCAAGUCUCUUGAUGAUGUAGUUAGAAACGUGGAAUAA